AUGGAUUAUAAAGCAGGAUUAAUUAAAUCAGAACGAAAUUUUCAAGCUCAUCUUGCACAAUCAUAUCAUGAUUUAAUUGCAUUAUUAAAAGCACCAAUUCCUGAACAAAUAGGUCAUUAUAAGAUUGGAAAGAUAAUUGGUAAAGGCGGGUAUUCAAAAAUUGUUUUAAAAUGUUCGCCAAAGUCUCAAGCAAUUAAUUUAUCUCGAGAAAUAUAUCAUCAUAGUCAAAUGGAUCAUCCACAUAUUAUCAAGUUAUAUGAAGUGCUUUAUACAGAAGAACAUGUAUGGUUAGUUCAAGAAUAUUGUUCAGGAGGAGAAUUAUAUGAUUAUCUUGUGAAACAUACAAAAUUGUCGGAACAUGAAACAAAAACCUUAUUUUCACAGAUAUCUAGUGCAAUUGCUUACAUUCAUAUGCAUGGAUCUGUUCACAGAGAUAUUAAAUUAGAAAAUAUUUUUCUUACAGCAUCUGGUAAUGCUAAAGUAGGAGAUCUAGGUUUUAUUCGUGAACAGGUUACAAAUAAGCUAUUACAAACAUGGAGUGGGACAUUGGCAUAUUCAGCACCAGAAAUUGUUAAUGAAUCAAUAAAUACAGAAGAAAAAAUUGAUGUAUGGUCAUUGGGUGUUCUUUUGUAUGCAUUAUUGUGUGGAGAAUUGCCAUUUGAUGAUGAUGAUGAGGGUAUAUUACGAUUAAAAAUUCUUAAUGAUCAUCCAAAAUGGAAAAAUAAUUUAUCACCAGAGGCUCUUGAAUUAUUGCAAUUAAUGUUGGCUAAAAAUUAUAAAAACCGACCAACUAUGAUAGAUGUUUUAAAACAUCCAUUUCUAGAGCCUGUAGGAAAGGAAUAUCUUAAAUAUUUAAAAGUACAAAAUUUGCAACAUUUUUCAACUGAUUUAGAGAAAGAUAUUUUAUUUAAUAUGAAUAUGAUUGGUAUUAAUGUUGAUAUGCUUAAAAGAAGUGUAAUUGAAAACAAAUGUGAUGCAUUAAGAGCUUUAUGGUUGUUAAUUAAAGAAAAAGUAGAGGAAUCUACAGGAAACUUUGUAAACAAUAAAAGCACAAAGAGACAAGAAAAAGAUGAAUUUUCAUGGGUAAAUAUAGUUUCACAAGAUAUAAUUAAAAAAAGGUCAUACAAGAAAUUAUUUAACUUAAAAGACAUGUUUGUUUAUUCAAAAUUUGGUUCAUAUUUUUAUUCCAAAUCUACUCAAAAUAUUAUGGAAAAUGAUUGCAGAGGAGUCCCAAAAAAGUCUCUUGAACAUAAAAGCAAUUUAGAAAGAGGAUUAUCUAUAUUAAUUAUUUUCAAAAAAUGGUUGAUAUCAUUAUUAAAAUACAAAAAUUCAAAAGAUGAAGAAAAUUCAGAUACUGGAAUGUUGUUGAAUAUGCAGAAACAUACAUGCAAAAAUGCAAAUACUUUAACAAAUCCAAGAUCUCAUAUUUUACAUGAGGUUGAUAAGGCAAAUGCAAAUUUAAUACAAAAACCAUCUAUAUCGUCACUUUCAUUAUGCAUCUCUAAUCGCUCAGAAGGAUCAGAAGCCUUAAAAGAUGAGAAUAUAUCAUAUAUUUCUAAUUUUAAAAAAAAAAGCUCAUUAAAAGAAGGUGUAUUUAAGAAUUUAGAUUGCAAUACAGAUAAAUACAUUUAUUCAUAUGAAAAUGACAUUUCUAAUCCGUUUAAUGAAAGAAUAAUACACCCGGACUCCUCAUUUAUAUCACCAUAUAAAAAACGAACAGCUAUAAAAGAGCAAUACAAUAAUAAAUAUGAUACCAAAUUGGAAAAUACAAAAAGAUUAAGAAAGAAUCAAGAGGAAGAGUCGAGGUUCCUUCAAAGGAUUACAGAGGAGGAUGAAAUUUCAGAUAAAUAA